CAAAAGGGGAUCGCUUGCCGCGUGCCCCCUCGCGCCGCGUUUCGUGUUAUAAUAAAAACACUACAUUUUGCUGUUUUUGUUUGCUAAUUUGCUGCCAAUUUCAGCAAAAAUGCAGACGUUCAGCCAUCUUCUGUUGGAAUAUCCUGAGAUAAUGUACACUGGAGUCGGCGCCACGGCGUUUGCCGCCGGCGGAGCGCUGAUAUACAAAAUUGCUACCAGAAAGAAGCCGGUCAAUGCCAAUGUGAACUGCUGGUUCUGUAAUCAGGAUACAGUGGUACCCUAUGGGAACAGGAACUGCUGGGACUGUCCCAACUGUGACCAGUACAAUGGUUUCCAGGAUAAUGGGGAUUACAACAAACCCAUCCCUGCUCAGUACAUGGAGGAUCUGAACCAUGGAGUGUCUGGUAGUCUUCCUUCAGCUGUGCCACCUAACACACUGCAGUGGGUCAACUCUCAGAUGCUGCUGUGCAAGAAGUGCAAUAAGAACCAGUCUGCAAAGAUCAAGCAGUUGGCCUCAUUUAUCCCAAGAGAUGAUGAAAAUUAUGAUGAGGAAAUUGAGGCCUACAAGCACCACCUGGAGCAGACCUAUAAGUUAUGCCCGCCAUGUCAGGCAGCAGUGGAGUACUACAUCAAAUACCAAAACCGCCAACUUCGAACCGUGCUCCUAAGCCAUCACCUUCGACACACCCGAGAUACUAUCAAGGACUUCAUAAAGAGCUCCUGUUCUGUGUCUGCUCCAAUGGGGGUCAUACUGCUACGAGCCCUCGCCUUCCUGAUCUGUGCUUUCCUACUUUCCACAUCUUUCUGUGGAUUGACCGACCAGCAGGCUUCCUCUAGUGGCCAACAGAUAUUGAGCGGAGGGGUUGUUCCUCCAAAACCCCUCAAUGACUCCACGCCCAACAACAAAAGCGACGAAAGCAUGAAUGUCUGGCAGAAUCUGCUGGAGCAGCUCCCAGAUAUGGCCAUAGAAAAUGCUGAGCUGGUGUGGCAGUAUGGAAAGGAGAACCAAAUGGCUGUUGUCUCUGUUGGCCUGUUGACUUGUCUCUCUGCUAUCUUCAUAGCAGGACCUGUGAGGUUGAGAAGAAUUGAUGCUGUGGCCUCUGUCCUGUGGUUCCUCAUCCUAUGCUUGCACCUGAGUGAGAGCUACUUCAAUGUUGCCUCAAGCUGGAUGGACACAGCCAAGCUCAGCAUUACCUCCCUCUGUUGCCUAGUCAGCUUUGCCGCUGCUGUUGCAACUCGCAAACCCCAGGGUCUACGAAGAACCAGAUAUCGAAGAUACCUUCCUGGCAGCCCUGCGGUCCCGCCCUUCAGCAGCCAAUCUCCUUCGUUCUCCCCUGGCAUGGCAGACACUUUCAUCCCCACUCCGCCCCCUAACAUCUCCAAGCUCAUCAACCGCCAAAAGAGGAGUCCCCGUGAGCGCAAGGUCUCCCCCUCCUCUCUGCUCGAGCGUCUCAGUAGAGCCCUGAGCCUUGGCACCGUCCCCUCCUUCGCCUCGACAGAUUCUGGUUACCUGUUUAGCGGAAGCAGACCAGCCUCCCCGUCCUCAGACUACUUUUCACUGAAGUCAGUGAGCCGCCCAUCAUCCCCAGCCCCCUCUCCACCUCCCUCAGUAUCUGGUUCGGCUAGUGCUAGUUCCAGUUCCGGUUCUGCCAGACAACGCCGCCCUCUCAUCAGCCCUGCUCGACUCAACAUCAGUGGCAGGAAACUCCGACUUUUUUCAACUGAGGCCGAAGCCACGCUCAUGUCUCCACCUGUGUCGCCAUGUUUUCACAUGUCCUCCUCACAUGUAGAGCAAACUUCCUCCAUUUACAGCGGCUGCUAUUCACCUUCGAUAUCACCCUUCCAGAUCCAACAAGAUUUGAAUUCCAUAUUAAGAGAUGGUGUGAGUGAGAAGGAGAAGCAAAGCAGCUCCUCAGAGUCCUCCGCUUGUUUGGUUGGUACUACAACACAGGAGUCAGAGACCCCCCCUUCUCCAAAAGGUUUUUACAAGCGACUUUUGUGGUCGGGGAUUUUAUUAGCGAGCCUUAGUGCCAACCUGUUCUUCGCCUGCCUCUGUAUGUACAACUGGAUGUGAGCUGUUGAUGGGUUCGCUGCUGUUCCCUUGUGACCUUCAGAGUGAGUCAGCCUCUGGUUGUCGUUCCCGUAGACCUGCAGGUCAAUCAGCAACGUCAGAAAACAUCUUGUUGGCUGGUGCUUGGUGAAAAUACAGAUGAUGGUUUUUGUGGUCGGAUCUUGUUAGUCUUUUGUUAUGUCACUCCACCUCUUACAUGAACACAGGUGCAGGAGUAUUUCAUUUAAAAGGCUCAGUUCUUUGUACUGAUGCCUGAUGGCAUUUUAAAAACCAUGCUGUGAAAUGUGCAAUAACAUGCACUGUUCAGUCAAUGCUGCUUGAACACAGUCAUGUCUUACUUAUACUGAUUGUGACCUCUUCCAGCUGAAUUAAUAUUCUGGUUCUCUACAAUUGCCAAAAUCUAAAAAGCAUUAAGCAGCUCGUUGUAGAGACGUUGUACAGAUUUUCACUUUUGUGAAGUCGUCAUUUCACAGCACUGGUAUUUGCCAUUGUCUUUGUUUGUUUGUUGAGCUGAGAAAGAGUGUCGAGCUCUAUCCCAGUGUUUUCUAAUACGGUUUACAGUCAACAUUUGUAAUAUUAUGGUCAUUUAUAACUCCUAACAAAGUGGCGUGUUACAGUCAUUCACUACAGAAAUGGUUCUUUCACCAAACAUUUCACCUUCUAUAGACAUCCUGUUCACAUCAGCAGGGUUGGAAAUUAACAGGGGCUCGGGGCAAAAUGGCCCCCAAAAAUGUAAAAUUGCUGACGGGGAGGUUUUAAAUGCCCUCGUAAAACAAACGGUCAACAGUUUAACUCCUCACUGAGCUGUGAACUCAUUCAUACAGGACGUUCUUAGAGACAUCCUGUUCACAAGUUAGUUUGUAAAGGGGCAAAACUUUAAAUGUUCACAAUCCAAAAAUGUUCUCAUCUAUAAAAAGAAAUCAUGUUUCCGUUUGCAUGAUCAUUUGCAUAAGGCAGCAAAAUGAUCAGUAGAAGUUUCACUCCUCACUCAGCUGUGAACUGAUUCAUACAAGAUAUUCACUCCAAUGUUUGCUGAUAUGAUUUACAGUCAUCAUCUGUAAUAUGAUGGUUAUUUAUAACUCCUACCAAAGUGACGCAGGUCACAAUCAUUCACUACAGAAAUAUUUCUCUUUUCAAACAUCUUGUUCACAGGCUGAUUUUUAAGUGGCAAAACUCCUAAAAAGGUCAAGUGCAAUAACAAGAAAAUGUUAGUUCUAAUCUAUUAAAAUCAUGUUUACAUGAACAUGAUUUCAGCAUAUUUCCUUAAGGCAGCACAGUAAUCAGGCAGAGGUUUUACUUCUCACUGAGCUGUGAACUAAGUUAAACAAGACAUUUUGUGUUUGUCUACAUAUAGAAUUGUAAUGAUUUUUGCACCUGGUUUUCUGAAUUGUAUUUUCAGUUUUUUGUUUGGUUGUGUUGUAUUUUGAAUAUGUGACUUGCACUUGUUCUAUUAGAAAUGAAGAGCACAGAUGUUUUGAUUAUUGUGUGUAUGUUGAACAAAUGAUUUACAAAAGGUUGUAAAUUUUGGGCAUGUUUAAGAUGUGUAUAUAAACAGGUUACAGUUCAUGCCUUUCAUGCAGAAAGCAGAUGUAGUCAGACUUUGUUUUGUUUUAUUUCCACAUGAAAUUUAUUGUGGUGUAAAAUGACCACCUUAAUUUUUGUGAGGAUUUUUUUUUUCUUGAGCAAUUACUGAGUUUAUGUGAUUUUUCUCACAUAAGACACUUAUGCAAAUUUAAUUUUGUGCUCAUUUAAAGUGCAUUUGUCAAUUUGUUUGGAAGAGUGUAUUUUGAGCCGAAGUGUUAAAAAAAAAGAAGAACUAAAACAAAAAAAAACUAAAAAUUAAGUUUCUGGGAAAACUAAAAGUUGCUACUGAAAAUAAAUCUAAAUGACUGGGAAUUGUCUAAUGUUUAGAAAUUGAGUGUAACCUUUCAACAUAGUGUAUUCAGACUUGUGCAUUUGUGCUUGAUGUGUAAAAUGACGUGUGUGCAUUUCUUCUCAGAAGAAGGUGUAAUCAUUGAAAGGUUAUGAAAUGUAAAUGUAUUUCAGCCAUGCUGAAAUUUUCAUUUCAAGAAGAAAUUAAUUUAUUUUUGAAUUUGUAUUUAAUGUAAAUGAAAGUUUUUCUCGACUUUACGUCACUUACGUUGAAUCAAAGGUCGUGUGUUUAGACUCUUUGAGAAGUGGUAUGAAUUUAUGUUCUGUGUAAUAUUUUCACUAAUGGUUUGAAGGGUUGUUACUCCACUGUGUUGAGCAAUGCAAAUGUUUGGUCUGUGUGAUUGUAAGAAACAACAUUGGCUUGUUUUAUCUAGACCCAUACUUUUUUAAUAAAGUAUUUUUUCCUAAUUUG